AUGAUUUGUCCUUUGCAGGGUCUUGACCUUCACCAGAGCUUCAGUGGCACGCAUUUCCCGAAUUCUUCCAGCGCAGGAGGGUAUCGUGGGGAUGCGACGUCGAGCUCUCAUGGCGGAGAAGAUGCCUACCGCAGUCAUCCAAUGGCAGCCCACUCGAAUUCCACUCUGUACAGCCCUCUGUCACAUCCAGUAGCCCCGCCUUACGGCUACGCGCCUCCUCAAACGCACGGCCUCCACGCCGGGACGACGGACCAGUCGCUGCCAACGCGAUUCUAUCGAAGUAGUGGAGACGUGGAUCUGUGGGGCCCCAACACCCAGUCCUACUUCCCCUGCCACGCGAAUCCCUUCGGCGAGGUGCAGCGCAUCUUUACUUACGACUCCGCAAGCUCCGGUGUCUACGGGCACUACAAUCCGGCCAUGCUCAACUCCGCCAGAAAAACAGAGAUGCGCUCGAAGAAUGCCAACUGGCCUGGAAUUGAAAUGAGUGGAUCCAGAGCUAGUGGAUGUCCAUCAGGCGUCAGUACCGCCAGCGGUGGAGGUCAGGAGAUGCCCAACCGUGAUCGACUCCACGCGCCAGUGAGUCAUGCUUCUGCCAUGUGUAAGCCUGACAAGCGUCCACCGACACGUCUGCCACCCACCACCAGACCUCGCAUGGACCUCCGAGACGACGGCAUGGCGAAUUCCACUGGAUCACAGGAAGAGAACAACGAAGAUGGCGACUGCGACGGGGACAGUCGAGUCUCCGCCAAACGCCAAAAGAAGCGUGGAAUUUUUCCCAAAGUCGCCACCAAUAUAAUGCGAGCCUGGCUCUUCCAGCAUUUAUCACAUCCCUACCCCUCAGAAGAACAGAAGAAGCAACUAGCUCAGGACACAGGGCUGACAAUCCUACAGGUUAACAACUGGUUCAUCAAUGCAAGACGACGAAUUGUCCAACCAAUGAUCGACCAGUCCAACAGAGCAGCUCCUCACAUGUAUCCUUCAGACUCACCUGGUGCCUGCCUCAGCUACAUGGACAGUUCACAGUACGCGGCGUACAGCCGAGCCGCCGCCGCAGCCGCAGGCCUUGCUUCGCACACCAGUCCGAGUGAAAUGUACAUAGCAGCCGCUGCCGCGGCCGCCGCAGCUGUCGGUGGAUCGUCAAGAGCUGUGGUGAGCGGUGGUGGACAGCGACUUCGACGGUCGGAGUCGGAUGUGGGGGGUUGCGGUGGAGGCGGUUUUGUCGAGUCAACUCCGAGUCCCGCGGACUUCUUCGCCACUCCGACCUACUACUCAGCUGCCUGCGCCUACCCACCCCACUACCCACCAGCGGGCAACGUCUACCGUCCCGCCUACCCCCCCGCUGUGGGCAACAACCUCGCCACCUCUGCCUACUACCCGGGCAUGUACAACCAGCUGGAAGAGGCGCUGCCCUACACCGCGUCCAUGGGCUUCAACGGUGCCGACGAAGGGAAGAAACCCGCGUCGUCGACUUCCACGUCGACAGACUAG